AUGGAAGUUCAGCAUAAAAAUUAUCAAUUUCACGCCGGCAUUCAUCACAAUGGUAUUGAAUCUCUAGGACGGUCUUUCGAUUUGAUUUUGAGAACUGUAAUUGAAACAAUAAACAUUGGUAAAGGCAAAUUGGGAGAUUCGGCGGUUCUAGCUUUAGAAUGCGCUCGAAACGCUGAAGAAGAUAAAAAUCGACUAAAAAGAAACAAACUUACGUCAGAUAAUUAUGCAGAUGACGACAAGUCUUUCUUUUCUCGGGAUGUUGGGAAAAAAAUUUGCAUAUAA